AUGGCGGACGUCAACUCACCGGCGAAGGGCGAUACAAAACGACUUUCUUCAGACGAUACAAACCUCCAAACAAACGAAAAUGUAUCAGGAGAGACAGAUUAUCUGGUAAGUGAUUAUUUCUGUGGUUUGAAGCCUUUGUUUUUGCAGAGGCUUUCUAAGAUUCGCUGAUUCACAUGUAUGUUCUUCCAGUCUACCUGUGCGGUUGUAGAUUGCAUUAAGAAUCAGCAGUACAUAAUACUCUUUUUAGGGUUUUCAAACCAUUUGUAUGUGGCGUGCUAUUACUUUUACAUCAACUCAAAAAAAGAUUUUUGCGUAACUUUGUUGCUUUUUGUAGGAAAUAUACCAAGAAAUUCUCAAUUGCGUGAAGUCUCUCUUUGCCUUUAGAGGGUAAGUUCAUUCAUGCGUAAAAUUCUCUUUCCUGAUCCUUGUUAUUUGGUAGCGACUAUCGUUUUGUCUCUGUAGAUGUACCGGCUGGUUGCUGUCAACAUGUUUACAAUUUUAUUCGUGUUUUGCUCUCCUUACCAGAUUAAGCUUAUAUUUUCUGUCCAAUGGAAUUACAUAUUUGAGCUGAACCAGCAACGGCAGAGGAAAUUACCCUUGUAGUUUAUGAUAGUUUUCCGUAAAGUUAAGGCUUUCAGACUGGUUCAACCCUUACAAAUCUCCUAUUUUAUUCUUCCAGUUUUUAAAUAAUGUAUGUAACAUUCUCCCUAAGUUGCAAAUGAACAUCAUAAGUAACAAAAUGGCUACAUAUCCGCAGCUGAGGGGUGGGUGGGAGAGAGUUAUAAUUAUUUUGAUUCUAUAAGAGGUUUUAUAGUCAUUCAAAAUAUUUCUGAUUGGCUUUAAUCCUCGUACUAAUUUGGCAUAAUCAGCCAGCACUGACCAAAUUUUGAAGAUGUGCGGUGUAUAUUCUACCAUCAAGCGAGUGACGUCAGUGACUGUAUAAUUUAUUUUAUAUUGCAAUAUACCGUCAGUGACAUCACACAAGACAGUAGUGUGGCAGCUUACCUGUUUUGGCGUGACUGCUAGGAACUUUUUUAAUGAGUAAUAAAACAAUUAUUGAAUUCCACUUUCAAAUGAUUUGAUGAAUUAUGCAGAUCUCAGAGGGGUUGUUAUCCACCUUGGCGGAACACCCUCCUCGAUCUGCAUUAUUUUUCUCUCAUACUCAGCCUCAUUCAAUAAUAAUUAUUGUUAAAUAUGUUUAGAUUUCAUGAAAUUAUCUCAAUGCAAUGACUUGCAUCCAGGGAACCUAAAUUUAGACAAAAUUGUCAGUGUUUGAUUUUUUUUGAGAUCAUUUUUGUGAUCUGGUUUUACCAAGCUACUGCAAAAGUGGAUGCUUAAGCCUUGUGAUGCAUAUAGAGAGAUUGUAUUCCAUACAGUUAUAUGAGUCUUUUAUUCUUUUAUUUAUUUAUUUUUGAUGUUAUUGUUAUUAUUGUGAUGGUUGUUAUUAUCUGGUAUAAUAAGAUUUAUUGUGUGCUUGAUGAUUUUUUUUCUCUUUAACAACUUUUUUUCCUCAGAGAUGAGGAACCCAAGGAGGAAUAUAUCCCUGGCCAGUCUGUAGAACCACAAUCGUAAGUUAUAUUUUCUUGUGGAAGGAUAAUGUUAGACUAGUAGCCUCGUAACAUCCAGAAACAGGGCAGCAUACCGUGUCACUGAUAUAAGGUGCUGAUGUAAUUUAAUAUUUCAAGUACAUGAAAUGUCAACUUAUGUGCUGUUACAGCCCUCACGAAGCUGUUUUAUGCUAACAAUGAUGACGAUGAUGAUUAUUAUUAUUUUGUGUACAGUGUAAUAAUAGUGCUAACAUGUGAGUUCAAUUCAUUGUCAUGGAUUCUGCAUAGUCUUUGUUCCCUUGAUCUGAGUGUUGGUUGUCUUUUCAUGGCUGGAUUUUUUUCCAGUGGUUUUGUUUCUCUGGAAACCAGCUGUUCAAAUUGCAAAAUAAUAAAAUUAUUACGUGGCAUGCAUAUCAUACAUGAGUGACUGAUAAUACUUAAUUGAAUUCCUCUUAUUGAAAACAAAGUAUUUUUUGAUCUCCUGUAUAACUCUUUUCAUAGUUUUAUUUAUAAUUCAUUAAAUAAUUGAAUUAAAAGGUGCUCUACAUAGUGCAUUUGCAAAAAAAUUGUUCACUUGAUUCAGGGGUUCCUUUAUUUUGAAUAUUCAUAAAUAUUGGAAUAAUAAUGAAAGCAUACAUCUGUAUUGAGUUAUGCUGAAAAGUUAGUAAAGGACCUGAUAAGUGUCUGAAAUUUAAAGAGGAUGUUUGUGAAAUAGGAGAUUCAUGAAAGCAGAUCAUCGCAGUUAUAGACACAGCUUUUACAGUUGCAAAAAGAAAGCCUGAAUUUUUUUUCAGACUUUCUUUUCGCAACUGCAAAAGUUGUGUCUAUAACUGAGAUGAUCUUCUGUCAUAUAAUUUUUCACUACCCAGUUCUCAUACAUGAUUUUUCAUAUACUCAUAACUUCGGCAGAUUGUUUAUUCACCCUUCCCUGUAUUUUUCAAACUUGAGUUGUUCUAAAUGCAUUCUGCUUUUGGUUUGAUCUCUUCAAUUGUAUUUCUCAAUAUUUAUAAAAUCAAUAUUAAUUUUGUUCUAUGCAGGAAAACAGAGCUGAGUAAAGUGCUAUCUCAAAUCUCUGAUUUAAUUUAUCAUGAGAAACCACAGACAGAGUAAGUAAUAGCCAUACUGCAGUAUUUUCCAAAGACAUAACCCUUAUUAAUUGAACAUGAAGUAAUUUUGUUUGGAAUUUUUGCAGAGGAACUGAUGCACCCAAACUUGUCCACUAUUGGUAUCAACAAAAGCUUAGAUCAGACCAACUUCUGUAACUCACUGUGUGAUAAUAAGUUAGAGACGUUAGGGGGCUCAAAGAAAACAUGAAUUCCAACUUUUCCUUUGGGCAAGCAACUCUCACAUUUUUCUUGCCUGGGACUUCUUCUUAUCUUGCUUAUCUUAGUUAAUGAUUUUGUUAGAGGAUGACUUGUCUGAGCUCUUAAUCUUUGGGAAAGUGAGCACAACUGUGAGGAUCACUCUUCAUUUGAUUUCAUUGCGGCAGUUCUCAUAUAUGAUUUAUUUCAUCAGUGGCUUCAUGGCUUAGUUGGUUAGAGGGGUCACACCGGUAUUGCAAGGUCAUUGGUUCAAACCCCAUUGAAGUCCUGAAUUUUUUCAGGCUUCUUACGCAAUUGCAUAAAGUGUGUUCACAUUUAUGAGGAUCAUUCUUCAUUUGAUAAGCUUUAAAAGUUACCUGUCCAGAAAGAAAAUCUACUUGUCCUGGACUAACACUUUUUCGAACCCUGCAUUACAGAGACAUGGUUACAGGGUUGAUCUGAUCCAGGUUUUGUCAUCACCCCUCUACAAAUGUAUUUGUGACCAGCAUACAUUUUCUAGAUGAAAUAGCAUGUAGUCAAGAGAGUUUAAUUAUGGCCUAGUUCCUACGCCGCUUGUGAUUUUGUUCAUUUUUUGCUUGAAUAAAGAGUAAAGGAGAAUAAGUACACUGUAUAGUGUCCAAAAUAAAAUUACAAUAAACCCCCACAGCAUCUACUGUGAAUUGCCACGUCAUUUCAACUUUUCCAGUUGUUGGUUAUGUGCAUCUACCAAGGGCCUGUUAAGUGUAACAUCUUGUUACAACAGCAGUGUUAGAUUGUGUUACAUCUGUUUGAAUCAGCCCAGAGGUUUUAACGUAUUUUAAUCUGAUCCAGCGUCAUGGACCAACAACAUCCAAAUUUGCCAAUAAGUUGUUCAAUCUGACCCAAUAGUAUUAGAUGAAGUUGGAACAAUGGAACUCAAGAUUUUUUUCAGUCAAUGACACAGGUAGCUUGGAAGAAAUAAUCCUGGUACUCCUAACAGGAGUCGAACCUAUGAACAUCUGGAUACUUGUCCGGAUGCUCUACCACUGAGCUACAGGAGACUCAUGGGAACUGUGGCCACUUAACUAGGAAUUCAACAGUCAUGCACUAAUAUGGAUCUGUUGAAAUGGGCCUUGAAAAUACAUGUAAUAGGGAGCUUAAGCAACAAUGACAGUAAUAACAGUGAGAAUGGCAAAAAAACAAUAGGUUUAGAUUGGCAAAACAACAGCUCUGCUCGGCAUCACUCUUUUUUGUACAUUUCUUUGCCAUUGUGGCACGACUACUAUGUGAAACUGCCUAAUUUCAUGUUUUGUAGAGGAUGUGAACACAAGAGAACGAUUUUGUUUUUCUUUUCCUGAACUUUGAUACAGGCCUUUAGAAUUCAACUCCACAAAAAAUUGCCAACAUUUUGAUGAAUUGAACAAGAUGGAACAAGUACAAAAAAAUUUGAAGCAGCCCAAACUCAGUUUUUAAGUGAUGUUUUUGUAGCAGUCACCAUUGUUGUUGCUUAAGGUCCCUAAUAAUUAGGUGCAGUUGUUAACAGCAACUUCUCAUUACAACUGUUUGUUUUUGUUGUAGGUUUAAAUGCUCUCCUGAUCAUUACACGCAUGCUAGUGUUAUUGCACAGACUUUAUCUCUAUACUUGUCCUUGCUGGAUGAAUCUUGCAUCAAGAAACUGUCAGCCUGUGUCAAGUCCGACUGUUCACAUUGGCUCUCCAAGCUUUUUGGGUGAGAAUGUUUAAAAUUCGGUUUUCUAAUAUGACACUUUUUAUCUUGUAGCUUGUUUAAUGGAUCAGCAAUGAUGUGGUGCCGUGCCACUUUCUUAGAGAAAAUGUACAUUAAAUAAUAACAACAGCACUCUCUUCCUCAAGGAAAGAAAAUUAUUUAGAACUUUUGAGUAGUUUCUUCUCUUGAAAUAAAGUGUUGUGUUUGUAUUCACAAAUUUCUAAGCUACUGCUAGGUCAUUAGCCUGCUUCACAGACAGAACUAAAACCUCUGGUUAAGUGUGGAAAACAGCACUGAAGUCCUUGUCCUGGGCCCCCACCUGUGUACCAGGAUUUGAGUAUGCACCACGAUUGGUCUAUUAAAAAUUCCAUUGUUGAUUUGCCAAUCAGGUUGGAGGGAAAUUUGAAACAUAGUUUUGGUAAUUUGUUGAGUUUUUGGGCACCCCAGAACAAGGAUAUCAGUGCUGCUUUGAAGACGUUGAUAUAAACUGAGGUUAGAUUAUAUCUGCAAUGUAGGCCACUGGGUCUUGGACAUUAAUAAUUUAGCUGUUUACUGUGUACUGUAAAUAUAGUAUGUUUUUUACCAAAACUUUAACUAUUACUGGUGUAAAGAACUCACUCAAAUAGUUUGUUGUGAAUGAUUUUUGUCGUGGUAAAUGAACUGAAUUGUUGUAGAGGUGGUUUCAGUCUUAAUUCUUUCUUUUCCAUUUUAACAAAAAUCAUGAUUCUGAAUAGCAGAUACCAAUCACUAUAGUUCUUAUCCAAAUACCCAAAAGGCAGACAUCACACUGUACUUUCGUACAUUAUUUUUUCACUUGGUUUAAGAUGAGUAAAUUGUGUGUAUUUGAUUUGCAGUUAUGAAAAUGCGUUGUCCUGCUUCCAUGAGCAUCAAUGGGACGGGUUGGUACGAGGUAAGCUCCUCAUCUCUCUCUACUUGUUUAUCUGCAUUAGAAAGCUUUACUUUUCAAAACCUACUGGUUUGUUGGUGGGUCCCUUUUCACAAAAUCAUCAGUUAUGUGCUUCCAUUAAGAGAGCUGGCCCACACAAGUGCUACACUACCUAAUGUGAUGAAAUCCAGACUUAUCAGUUUUUUCUCCAUCUAGUUUGCAGGCUUGCAUUACGAGUAAAAUACCCAAAAUAUGGAACAGAAGGAUUUACUGCCCUCUAUACCAGGUAUAUUCAAAUGUAGCAAAAUCUCUUUUAUUGACCACAGGUUUGCACUUGACUUUGUUUCUAAGCUCACUGGGCUUUUUAAAACACAUUCUUUCUCUUUCAUAAAGCAGUAGGUAUGGUAAAAGCGAAAGGGUGAGUAAACCACAUUUGGCCUCUAUAAUGUAAUGUCUCCUUGUAAUAAUGCACAACCUUAUCCAUUAGGUACAUCUAGGGGCUGUUAAGGAUGGCUGUUAGUUUAUCAUCUCUGCAACUUUUAUAAUAUUCAAACAGUCAAUAGGUAGAUAGGGUCUUAUUCCAGCUUCACCUACAUUUUAGUUAUUACUACGGUCAUAAUGGUCAUUGUUAUUCAAUGUUUUCUUACAGUUAAAAAGAAAAUCUUUUGAUGUGCAGCACCAGGGGUUUUUCUUCAUGUCGAUGUUUCACUGUACAUGUACAUUUGCACCUAAAUUAAGCGUAGAACUCAGCUUGCCUAUUUGAUGAAAUAGUUUCUGAUGUCUACUUGUAGGCCUCCUGUUGUCUAUGUGAGCUCAUCUGCUUGUGAUGCACUAGGACAUUAUUUAUGCACUCAGGUAAGGACAGUUAUUAGCUGUGAUUACACUACUCACCAUAGAAAAGUACAUUCCAGACCAGGGGAAAAUUACCUCAGGCUUACUUUAACUAUCUAUGUAGUUGUGAGCAUAACACAGAAUAAUUUCCCAUGGUGAAAUAAUCUUUCAUACAUAACUAGUUUGGCACAAAAUAGGAAAGCGGAACAUCUCUCCUAUUUUUAUCCAGUACCAAUGGUCUUCAGCAGCUCUUCCAAAUUCACUGUUGCAUAGUGAAGGAAUAGAAAACAUCUCCAUUGCACUUCCUUCUCAUCGCUUUCACUGGCUUUAGUAAAAUGCAAUAUUUUCGUCUGCAGUCCCACUAUCGAGUGUCAAAGAAAGUCAUGUCCAAUAGUCUGGGGCUAGUGGAUUUUGCGAUCGGGCUAGUGAAUUCUGUUCUUAACUUGCCCUGAAUUUCAAUUUACAUUAUUAUUACAAGACAAAUUGAAAAUUCCAAAUUAAACUAUGUGUACCAAAAGAAAAAGUAUGAAGUGUGUUCUUUAUGCCUUUAUUAGUAGUUACAUGUAUUAUGACACCACUAAUUUGUUUUAGAUUAUUUCAACAUUAUUUUUGUUUUGUUUUCUUAGCUUGGUUUACCUCAAUCUAGUGUUUGUAAAGGUAAGAGAGAACAUUAUUACAGUUUGUACUUGUGUGUACACGUUGUUACGAUCAAAAUCAUUACCUUGACAAGAAUCAUAUUAUUCCUAUUGUUUAUAUUAUUCUUGUACAAAUAGUGCCAUGUAAUACAGUAUUUGGAUCACCACACACCAUGGUAAGUUUAUAUACAUUUUUUCAGUUUACUAAGCUCUUCCUAACUGUAUAAUAUUUAUCUCAUCACUCACUUAAGCUCAAACUCACUGUGACAGUAAUACUUCCAUGUCAUCUUUUUAGGACAUUGCAGCCUUUGAGAGACUUUUCAAUGAUGAUGUCUCCUGUGGCAAGACUCCACUUCUUCUUAUUGCAUAUGCUGGUAAGUUGCUCAGUCUCUGAUUAACUUGCAAAACUACAUGUAUUACAGUCAAACCUCUAUGUGCAACCCUCUCUCAUAAGCAAUCACCUCCCGUAAGGGACCACUUAGUAUCCAACCACCUCUUGUAAGCAACUACAAGCACAUCUGGGGCUAACAGUUUUAUAAUUUUCCAUUAUUUUUAACCUCUUGUAAGCAAGCCAAGAUGCAUGGUUUUAGCUCUAAGACUAUGCUCACCAUACAUGUAUGUACUAUGCUACUUAGAGUUAAAUACAAGAAGUUCUUUUUGUGACAAACAUGAAACUACACAUUAUUGCAACUUGGAAAUUGCAUGCAGUGAAUUACCUUCUUUGUGAAAGUGCCCCCUGUCAUUCCAUUCUUGUAAACAACCACCUCAAGUAAGCAAUUCAACCCUUAAGUUUUUGCAUUUUAGGUGGUCACUUACAGGAGGUACAACAAGUGUAGGAAACAGGAACAAAUAAGCACAGGAGACUGCUGCUUGUGUAUUGGCCAUUUUCUUUCAGUGGGCCCUUUACUGGAAAUAUCAUUGUGAACUUUUCACCACUUACAGUUUUAAGUUUAUUUUUGUGUUAUUUUCCACAGGAACCCCAGUUGCUGGGCAUACUGAUAAUCUGAGUCGAUUAAGAGAGCUUUGUACUCAGAACAGUCUGUGGCUUCAUCUGGAAGGGUAAUAUUGUCUUGAUCAUCUAUGCUUUAAAAAAGGUUGAUUCCCUGAUACAAUACAUGUAUUUAAUAUUUCAAAACAAAAAUAAUAAUUAUUGAUUGCAUUUUAAAAUAUUGUUUCAGGGACACACUUGCAACUCUCUGUCUAGAUACUGUACCCCCUUCAUUAAAGGUAUGUGUUAGGUUGAUGCAGGACCUUGGUGUAAAGCUGUAAACAAAUUUUAAAGAAUGUUAGUCCAGAAGAACACAUAAGUAUAUUAUUUUACCUUAAGUAUAUGUUUCUGAAUAAUAUAGGAGUAAAGGCCUAUUAUUUUUUACCUUUCAAGUAUAUGUUUCCAGACUAGAAUAAUAUUUAUUAAAAAUCCAUUGAGUAAAGGCCUGUAUAAACAACUUUAUAAAUCAAUUUACUUUAAAACAAAGGAACAAAGAUACCCUUUUAAGAAAAUAGCAGCCCCAUUAGAAAAUCAAAACUAUUCAUUAGUCAAACAAAUUCUCCAGACUAAUCUCCAUACAUUUCCUUAAAAAUUAUUUGAGAGAAUUUGUAAAGAGAUCAAAGCAUUUUCUCUUUGGUGAUCAAUUUCAUGAAUUCUCACAACCUUUUCUUUUGAUAAUGUAUUGAUAUUAUUAGGAGAAAAUUGAUGUUGGUCACUAUCAGGGCUUACCGGAUUAAUGUUAUUCUGUCCUAUAAUGAUUAGCAGUUAUUGGACAUUGUUUUUGUCAUGGAAAUGUUUAAACAGCCCAGACACUCAAACAAGCCACAAUGCAACAGAUUCUAAGAUGUGCUGUUAAAUGGACAAAACAGUGUUGGAGUACAACUUCACAAUCACAAUGGCAAACAAAUGCCAAGACUUGUUUUUAAAAGUAAUUAAGGUGGACAGUCAGGAAAUAUCAAGCAUUGAGUGACAAGAGUUGAAAAAUUGAGUUCUUUCAUUUUUUUUGUCCAUAGAUAGCUUUUAGGUAGAUAAAAAACGUGAUGUGGAUAUGUUCCCGCCAAAAGCCUUUUAUUUGUGAGAAAAAUAAUUUUUAGAAUAUCUGUUUGUGAGGUUGGAGUCUCAGAAAAACCUAAUUUUUAACUUGAAAUUCAUUAACAUCAACCUUCCUUGGGUUGACAAACAAAGCCGUGUGGUGGAAUCUGGACACUUCCCAUCAACAGGGCAACUAAGCUUGUCAAACUGAAAUACAGUAAUUCAAAAUGAGAAAAAGGUUUUCACAAUAACAAAAACUCAACUUGAUUACUCAUGGUGGAUGACAAUAUUUAACAAGUGGUUUAACUUCAAAUUCUCUUCAUCCUAGUUAAAUCACACAUUGCCCUUAAAACUUUUUGCUGAUCAGUUUUUGACAACAGUCAAUACUUCUAGUGCACAGGACCCAUUUUUUUCGUAUUUAUUUACAUGAACUUUUUAGACUGAUGAAUUAUCAUUUAAUUUGUAUAGAGCGCUCCUGCCUGUGACAGCAUGACUCUGAAUAUAAGCAAGUGGUUUGCUUUACCCAGUGCGCCAUACUGUGUAUCCUUUGACUUAACAAUCACCGUCACCUAGUACAAGCGAAAGCAUUCAGGCAUAUAAUUAAAGACAGGGCAUGAAACAUACUUUAAGAUCCCCAUUCACCUCAAUAAAGUGCUCGUCGCGGAGCAAUUUCUAUGUAACGAAAACUCUGUCCUUACAGAGAAUUAUCAAGUGAUGGUUACAAUAGCAAACAUUGGAAUGAUUACAUGUUAAGAAUUCUUUCACAGAAGAGUCAGAACAAGGUAAGUUUUGUUUCAGUAGUGAAAGAGAUAAUUCAGUUUUUAUUAAGCACAAGUAAGCUUUAAAAGUCCUGGAAUAAUUUAUUCAAUGUUGUUGUCUGGCACACCUUAAUCCAUAUCGAUAUACCUUAGCAUUUUCUUAACAUUGAAAAUUAGACAUUUUACAGAGCUAAAGAUCUGGAUUUGGUGAGUUAUAAAUAACUUGUUAUGAAACUUAAAUAAUACAAUGUAUAUCACAAUUGAAGUUGUUAUCGUUUUUAAUGAAAUUACAAUCAGCAUGAUUGUCCUGGCUAGACCAGCCACUCUCUACUUGCUUGUUAUUCACCUGAGUGACACUGUUAGCAUUCUGGACCUUGUGCACUUCUCUUUCUCAAACUCAUCAAUAAUUCAUAAAGAAAAUACAAAGGAAAUUAAUGUUUAAUGAGUGUUUGGAAAUCAGAUGAAAAACUGCUCAUUUUUGCAUCCUUACAUGUAAUACCGCCCUCUAAAAUCAUUUUGUUUGAGAAGUAAUAUCAAGCAUUCGACACAGUGUUUCAUCACCAGAUGAAACUCCUCGAAGUUCGUCAAAAAUACUUCGCUGCACGUCAUAUUUUCAACUCUCUUCUAAUUGUUUCAUCUGGUGAUGAAACACUGCCUCGUAUGCUUGAUAUACUGCUUCAAGUUUUAUAAUAAUUGGUCCUUUCUCACUGUAUUGGUUUGAAUUGUGCAAAGUGGCAAAUGUUGAUUGUAAUAAUAAGAAUAACUUGAUGAAAACAGUUUUUUUACGUUUUCAGGCUGAGGCAUCAGGACUUAGUCAGAGUCAUGAUCCUGACAGACUGUCUGUUCUUCCUCUUUGGAUCAGUAUUCAGACUGUUGGUAAGCUCAUAUAAUUAGGGAGCUCAAGCAACCAUGACAAUGAAGACAAGGACAACUUCAAAAAACAAUUGAUUGCUUUUAUGAGCAAACAUGCAUCAUGUUUUUUAUUACAUUUCUGUGACUUCCACUAAUGUGACGAUUUAUGGAGGACGUGAAUGUCAGUAACAAAUUUUCCUGUCUCUUUUUCUGAGUCUGGAUAAACUCCUUACCAAUUCAACCCCAGGAAAUAUUGCCUACAUUUGACAAAUUGAGCAGGUCCAGAUAGAAGCAGUAAAGGUUGCAAGGAUGCAAAUUCAUUUUUUAAGGGAUGUUUUCACUACUGUCGUGGUCAUUGUUGCUUUAGCUCCUUGUUAACCCAUCUUGUCUGUAAGCACCUUUUUCCUUGCUAUUUAUUUUACUUGGACCCCUGUUGCUCGGUUAACUCAUGUGUCUGUUGUUAUAUUUAUGUGCUGGACAGAGUUUCAGUGUGAUCCUGGUUGCCUAUCAGCAACGUAAUUUUAUGUUCUUGAUCACUGUUACAAUCCACUAUAAUAAUUAUGUACGAUUUUAUCUUAUUAUUGUUCUCUUAUUACUCUUUAGGUCUUGAUAAAAUGAAGGAAAUGAUCUUACAUUCAGUGCAGUUGGUUAGUAUAAUAAUUGUUUUAUUAUUCAUUUAAAAAUUAAUACUUCCCAGUUCUUAACCUUCCUUACCUCCAUGUAAACAUUCUUAAAUGGAUUUGCCUGCUCCUUGGUUGUAUGUGGUCAUGAAUGGAUGUUUUUUGGGUGCUUAUGAAAGAUUUGACUGUAAUCCAUUAUAGAUCAGCAUCAAGUCUUUCAGGAACUUUUAAUGAGUUAGGUUUAACAUGUGAAGCUACACGUGAAGAAGGGUUCAUGUGAGGGUACCAGAUGAAAUAUCACAUAUACAGGAGCUGUUUGUGUUAAUAAUUCAACUUUCUUUUCUGUUCUAUGUGACAGUCGCAACAGCUGAGUAUUUGCGUGGAUGGCAUGCAAGCAUCUGUGAAGAGGAUGGUAAGUAGAUGAUUCCAAGUGGAGCCUUCAGGGUUCAUACAGAGUCUUGAAUUCUUGAAAAAGUCUUGAAAUUUGCCCAGCAAUUUUCCAGUCCUGGAAAAAGUCUGGAAAUAGACUCAGAUAAAGUCUGGAAAAAGUGGUAAAACAUCCUGAGAUUUUUUUUCAAAGCUACAAUAAGUGCUUUAUAAGUGAAAUUUUUCUUGUUUUGGACAAAUUGUAUUCAAUCUCACCUGUAUGUUUGCAGUGCCUCUUGAAUAAAACUUUUUUCAGAUGUUUUUUAAGGUCUUUUUUGAUAACCUUGAGUCUGUAAAAAGAAUUAUCCGUUUGGAAGAAAGUCUGGAAAAAGUCUUAAAUUCUGGAUCCAAAAAUCUGUAUGAACCCUGGGCCUUUAAACAAUGCUUUGUUCAGUGUCAAACCUCCCUGGCUAAACUCUGGUAAUAUUUAUUGACUUGACUGUCUUUUCAUUGACAGUGUUUUCUAAUAAGUUUAGGCUCAGUAACAACCUUUUGUGAGAAAUAUGGUAGUCAAAUUGUUGUUAUACAUGUAUAAAUAGUCUCAUAUUUUAUAGCACUUAGACUGUUUUAAAAAUAAAACAAUUCUUUAAGAAAUUAAUUUUGGAUACAACUGAACUAAGGUAAAUGGUUUUUGAUAAAUCUUUGCAGGCCCAACCACACUGCACAUCACCAAUUGUGGUGUUUAAAUACAGAGCAACCCCUACAUCACCUAUUGAAUCCAGUAUUCUAACAGGAGAUGAUAUCAAUGGUUCAGAUCAGGAUGAUGACCAAGGUAAAGGCUCAAUUUUGUGAUGGUUAUUAGCUGACUGUUAAUGGUGCCCUGAAGUUAGAAACCUUUGGUGUACAUCGAUGUUGUAGUUUGUAAUCCCAAAAAUUGAAUUCUGUUAAAAGAUGUUUUUUUCCAUUUUUUAAAUAUUUAGUUUCCAUUCCACUCCUCAUCCUUUUUCACCCCUUUUAUUUGCGACACAUCCCCUUUUAUACACCUUACUGCUUCAAGCACUUGGGAAAGGAGAAUUUAGAGUGCACUCCCUCCUCCUUACUGUCUUUUUAAUGAGGUGUGAUCACAAUUGGCACACGACAGAGACCUGUAGAUUCUGAGACGAGAACAACUAUGAGUAUGAGAUUUUCUCGAUAGUAAGUAGUGCUUGCAUGUGAACCAGGAUCAUUAUUAGUGGGAAAACGCGGUAGCCGUUGUCAUUCUACUACGAGUUUUAGUGAGAGUGUCAUAGUGGUGGGAACAAGUUAUCAAAGGUUUGAAGUUUUCUGAAGAAAAAAAGUAGAAUGAAGAAUUCCGGGGUGUCUAUUUUUUGCAGUUUUUGACAAUACACGAAAACUUUAAAUUAAAUGUUGUACUCGUAGUCGUUCUCAUCCUCAAAUCUAAAACUCUCUAAUAUUACAGAGGCACCCAAUGUUUUCUGUAAAAUAUCUGUUUGGAGAAGCAAAUAUGACCUGGAAAUUUCAAUUACUUGAGGACGCCAAGAAAUUUGUAAAUGACUAUUCUAUUCAAGUACAAUUUUUGAAGCUCAUCUAAUCAAUUCCCUACGAUUUUCUGAAGUUCAAUUUUUCACAUUUCACUUCCCAGGUUAAACUUUUUCUUGUAGAAAAAAGGAAACCCUAAAUUUUCGGAUUCAAAAAUGUGAUGGAGAAAGAAAUUAGAAAAAUUCUCACUUUUGUAAUAAUAGUAAAUUGCAUCUAAAUAUUUCAGGAAAAUAAUACUGAAGCCCUUAUAAUUUUGAAAAAAGUCAAGUUGCCCUAGGCUGACCGGACAGUUACCAAUUUUUAUAGUGCCAUGUUGAAUGCAUUUCUAGAGAUUUAAAAGUACUCUGGAUAGCGAAAAUUGUUUUCAAUGUAUGUAGGAGGAAACCAUCGUUGGGUGCCCUUGGUAUAAGGAUAAGAAUUGAAGAGCGUAAAGUGCAUGCUUUUUCUUCUCAACUCACAUCUCUGCAUAAUGCUCUUACAUUACACAGAUGAUACAGAGCUUUCAACAUCGUCACGGUCAUCAUCCUCUGAACGAGGCUGUGUUUCAUCAUCUGUGCGGGAUUCAAUUAACCAGGAGGUAUGAUUGCAGUCUUUUACAUUCAGUUGUCCAUAGGUCAUUGCAGUUAAAAUUGCUAUACUAGCCCCUUUACUAGUAUUGUUAACUGAUCUCCACUGUACUAAAAAAUACUGUUGAUUAUUGGAAUAUUGAACACUUUAAAUUGUUGAAAAUAAAAGCUAAAAAGAAGUUGAUUAUCAGUGAGUAUCUUUCUCAAUAAUAUUGUUGUGGCAAGUUUAUAAUAAUUCUGACUGUAUGAUAAUAAAUAAUAAAUUACAUCAGCAAUUAACAUGGUAACCUAGUUUUCUCUUCACCCUACAAUGUUACAGAAUCCCUCAUGCUAUUUUCAGAACGCAGUGAUGCCACUUGUUUAGGUCCCUUGUUCUUUUACUUUUGCUUUGUUAUGACUUUAAUUCUAACCAUAGUUAGCAGAGGAAACUGGUUAUGAAUCCCGGCAAAAAUUAAAGAUGCCAACAGCAUUGCUGCAGUUUAUGUUGGGAGCUCCCUGACCAUGCACAAUCCUUUGAUUUUCCUUCACAAUUAUUUAUUGUGACUAAAUGAAUCAUGGGAUGUUUCUGUUGGUCAUUUAGUGCUAAAUUAAUGGUAGGAAUGUUAUUGAAUGUUGUGUAUGGUCAAGACCAAGAACCUAAGACACACAUAUAACAGGGAAGUCUGACAAGCUUUGUUACCCUUGCAGUUCAUUAAUUAUGUACUAACUCAUUUUGUUUUUGUGUGUUGAAUAUCAGCUGGCUUAUCACUUGGCUCAGAAAAUGCCAUCUGUAAAAAUUGGUGUUGUGGUUUUACCUAAGGAGGGUUACUGUAUCAGGUUUAACCCUAUUCUUUCAUCCAGAUGUGAGUUCAUGACUUUUCUGUUUUGUUAGUAAAAUAACAAUGCCUCAGAUAUUGUGAUUUAGUAAAAUCCAACUAGUGGUCUAUUAUCAUUGCUGUGUUCUGAUUGGUUGAGCUACUACUAAGCUAUAUGUUAUAGCCCACUAGUAGCGAAAAGCACGUGCUUUUAGGCAGCAAAAAAGGAUUUAAGUCUUGCUUUAACUAGUAGCUAAAAGUUUUUUAUUCUGGAUAUUUUUGACCAAGUAGUGGGAUUUUACUAAAACAAUUAUUCCUCUCGCCCUCAUUGGGGCUCGAGGAAUAAUUGUUAAAUAUAUGUUUAAUAUUAAAACUGGUUAUAUUUAUGCAAGCAGUGGAUCAUUAUCAACAGACAUUUUUAUGAGGUCGUUUUCUUUUGUUUUCAGUAUGUGGUACAACAAGUGAAAAUAUAGAAGAUUUUGUAAUUUGUCUGAAAAAUGAAGUGGUAAGUGUUCUUGUUAACUGCUGUCAAACCUCCCAUAAGCGACCACUCAAAAUGCGAAGAUGUAAUGGUCGCGUAGUACAUUCAGAGAACACAGAAAUCAGAUCAUGCAUCAAGUGAUCGUCUACAACAGAUAGAAAACCAUUUGAAAAAUUAUAAAAACUGUCAACGCAAAAAUUGAUUCGGGAUUGGAUUAAGAGAAUUGGCCAUUAUUUUAUGAGAGGUCCUAACUAUGGAGGUUUGACUGGGAAAAUUUUGGUAUUUUGGAUCUGUGGUCGCAUAUGGGAGGUGGUUAUGGAGGUUUAGCUGUAUCUACAUGAAGUUUUAAAUUGUAACCUUUGUAGAUGCGUACAGUUAACCUUUUGUGAUACACCUGUAACAGUUUUCGUAGAAAUUGCUGCUUCUGUACAGGGCUUUUUUCAUGUGUCUGUCAUUUGUUUUGGUCAGUCAGCUAGCAGGCAACUUGCAAGACAAACAGGCAGGCAAUUCUAUAUCCAGCAAAAACAGUUUCUUAAUUUUUGGUGGUCACUUCACUAUCCAUCACAAACCUCUUUUCUAUGUCUGUUUGAUUAGGCCAGACUAGACUCUGUGCUGCUCUGCCAAGAAGAAUUUAGGCUAGCUACAGAGGGCAAGGAAGACGUUGUUAUGGUAGAAACCCAAGGUACUUCAACUGUAGGAGCACUACUGUAAGUAUAUCUCACUAGAAUAAAUUAUAGGAAGAUCAGGGUGACUAGGAUGACUAAAGUGACUUGGUGACUGGGGUGAACAGGGUGACUGGAGUGACUAGGGUGACAUGGGUGACUUUACCAUUAUAAUAAUUACAGUAUCUCUUUUUAGUUAAAAAUAUGCUCUGUUAUUGGUCAAUUAAUUGGUCUGUGUUCUACAUGACUGUACUGUCCGACGUGUUUGAAGUCACAAAAAUUCUUUGCAUUUUCUGUUGAACCAUCAGUCAGUCAACUUUCUCCUUGAUGACAGGCUUUUAUUACAUAUGUUUGCUAUGUAUUGUGUAUUGAUCAAAAUAAUUGGUUGGUCAGCUUCUGCAGUUUCUGCAGGGCGCAGAGGAGUUAUUUGUGACCUUGUUCCAAGUUCGACUUAACAGUUGAUGGUUCAAAUUGUCGUUUUUUUUUACCGAUAUGAAAUUGACCAGUCAUGCAAUUGUGUUACAAACAUGGAAUAAUAUCAUCCAAUGCUCUGGAAAAAUUGCUGAAGGUAAUGACUGUGGCUGAAUAACAGCUCUUCGCUUAGAAAUCUUUGCCUUUCUGCCCAUGUUUGUUGCUACUGAGCAUUGGGUAAUGUUUUAGCAGGUUUGUAACAUGUUCUCAUGAUUGUUUGAUCGGUCAAGUUCAUAUUGGAUUCUACAACUGUAAAACGUAAACUGCAAUCCAAGUCACAAAUAGUUUCUCUGUGCACUGUGCAGUUUCCUGCAUUGGAAUUGGUAUUACCCAGUGUUCUCACCAGGAUUUUGCCUUGGGGAGUCCCAGGGCCCCCUCUUCUGAGAAAUAGGGGCCCUGUAAGAACAUUAGGGGGACAAAGUUACAAAAAACACGCGGUACGAAGAACCUGAGCCCGCACUCCAAAUUGUCUGUUACAUGAAGUACCUACCUGAUCCAAUAUAGCGGAAGAGGUGUUUAUGAUUCGGAGGAAGAGUUUACGUUGUAGUGGGACGCGCGUGGGACCAAUGAAAGUAAAGGCAACAAAAUUAAAGACUUUGACUCAUUUGAUAUCAUGUUUUUUAUUUAUUCAAACAAACAGAAUGCUUUAGUGUUAGGUUGACCAUUAAAACUACUUAAGUCCGUUUGACUCAUAGCUUGCCCCUGCGCCCUAACAUGCGCAUCUUCUUGGUUUUAAUGCGCCAUUUCAGUUUUUCUUGCGGGAAUCCCGCAAGGCCGCGGCCUGGUGAGAACACUGAUUACCUAAUUUACGUAAAUACAAAUGCACAUUAACCCUCUGCUAGACAUUACGACAUUAUCAAGGAUUCAGUGACAACAAAACUAUAAAUGUACUACAUGGUAAUUUAAUGCAGAAAUUCUUCACUCCUAAUGUGCUAUAAGGAGUAUAAAUUGACACAAUAUAACUUGCAAAUAGGUGUGUCCCCCGAUACUGGACCAACAAGGAUCUUGAAAAACUGAGGGAGGCCAAAAAAGUUGAACUCAAUGACUGGAACAAAGAGGUGUUAGCCUUGAUUACAGAACAAAUGGCAGAUGUGUUCAGGAAGGGACGGACACAGGAUGGUCUGACUUGUAUUGUAAUAGACAAGGUAAAUAUUCUAAUUUGUGAACUUUAUAUCAGUAAACUAAUGAUGAUGUUUUUAAACAUCAUCAUUAGUUUAAUUAGCAGUAUUAAAAUACUGCUAAUUAACUGAUUAUGUUCUAGAAAGUAGGUGACAACAUAAUUAAGAAAGAUUAUUUACCUCUCCUUUCUACAUAUGCAAUGUCUACAAUAAUUGUUCAUGAUAAUCAUAUUGUCCUUCAGCAGCAUGUUUGAAAAAAAAAGAUUGUUCGAGUGAGGCCUUUAACUACGUAAUGUUGUUAAAAAUAAACAUUAAAUCUGGAAAAAAGUGAAGAACAAUUCCCCCGAAAGACUGUCGGCCAACUGUUUAAUUGGUAGACUGUCAGCUGACAGAAUCUAAGGGGAGCUCAUCUUCACUUUUACCAAAAUCUGAGCCUUUGCUGAUCAGUGGCAUCAUCACCUGAUGAUACCACUUAGCAGCGAAAGCUUGGAUUUUAACUUUAAUUUUAAUUACUAAUGGCAGUAACCUGACUCAAACGAUAGUUUACAUUCAUACGUGAUUUUUAGUAUUAUGUUUUAAGCUUCUGUUAUGUGUACAUGAUAUUAUUUUGUUAGCUUCAUUAUGUAAUAUUUUGACUUAACCAUGGAAAUUUAUUGCAGAAAUUGAAGGAAAUGAAAAGUGAUGAUACAAUGCAGGGCUCAAAAUAACGGCCGGUCAACGGACAAUGUCCGGCCUGAUCAUGGACUUGACCGGUCAAACUCUCAUCCUGCCGGUCAUUUUGACCGGUUAUUUUUGGAUGCGAACCUUUUAAAUAUUUUCCAUACAGUUGCCGCUUUAAUGCGUUUUGCUCUAUAACACUGUAAUCAUUUUUUUUUCUUUGCCUUUUUUUCCAUGCUUUGCACUAAAACUUUUAAAGAAAACGAAUGCCGCAUUAAAUUCCAUGUUGAGUUGUGGAGUAACGCAACGAUGCUGCAGGUCGUACUGUACUUUCUGCUUUGCUGUGAUUAGUAAUGUGACCUUCUUUGGGAAAACAUACACGUUAUAUGUUAGAAAACUAAAGGAUAGCUAACGGUUUUUGUCAAUCUAACGUUUCACAUCUACUUGUAAGAGGAUUGUGAAAAUCACCUUCGACGGAAUUCGGGUUAAUCGAUCGCAAUUCUCCACGUCCUGUACUGUUUCUCCGGGAAUAAAUUUUAGGGCAUCGAGUAAUUAUAUAUAAUUUCUUUAUGUCGAACAUGAAUCUCGUUUGUGAACUCGAUUGCAGAAUUGCCCGAUAAAAAUUUAAGCUAUUAAUCGAAAAGGAACGUCGCCUAUCUAGGCGCUUAAAAUCCUCCUUCUUGUAAACAGCUUUAUGCAAAUUUCUGUAGAUGUUUAUAAUGAGCCCUUCGUGAUAAAGUGUUGCGCGAUGUACGACCCAAACAAAGGCUCUGCUGUAUAUUUACUGACUUCUGAUGAUAAAUACGCUGUUUGUGGAAUGGAUUUCUCGCCAGAAUCAACUUCUUUGCUGAAAAUAUUUAGUGGAGGAGACUUUCGAUCACCUGCCGGGCAACGAAAACGAUCAACUUUCACCGCAGUACGAUGAUAGUCAAAGUCGAAGUAUAUAUUUAUCGGACAUGAAAGUGGGGGAAAACCCCGGAGAGGAACUCAACAACUUGAAAUGAAUUUCACUAACUUGCCGCAAAAAACCUGAACGUCAAUGCAGUACAACGAUCUAUUGCCAGCGUAAUUUGAUAUUCCAUAUAAGGCAAAAAAAACAAUUAUUGUAUUCAUUAUUUGACCGGCCAAAAUCCGGGUUUGUCCGGCCAAAAAAAUAUUUGGCCGGUCAUCAUGACCGGCGACCUACUGUCCGUUAUUUUGAGCCCUGCAAUGUAUCAAAUGCUCUCAUAAUUACAUAAUUCUGUUUAAAAAAAAUUGUCAUUUCUGAACAGAAUGAAGACGUGCCCUAAACAAUAGAGCUACAAACUUUUGCUGUGGUGGUUCUUUGGUUCAUGAUAAUGGUCAUGAAAAAACCUUGAUUUAUACUGUUUCAAACAGUUUGAUUUUGGAUGCUAUUAAGUACCAUCAAAAUCAGACUGUUCAAACAGUGUAUCUCAAAAUAAAGCACUCAAGUAACUUACCUCUAGUUAGAACUCAGAUUGUUGGUAACUACCUUUGUCUAGUCUUUUGUCUGAUUAAAAUUGAUAAUCGUUAAGGUAGGAGGACAGAGAAGAAAUUACACCAGAGUAAUGUAUAAGUAGUCAAGUUAAUGACUUUAGCAAUGAGUUAAUAAGUAAAGCAAAUGCAAGCUUCUAGUUCCUUGCUCUCUUUACUGUUUAGUUACCAUUUAAGUUUGUUGUAAUGCAAUAACGUUUUAAAUCCUAUUAUCUCUGUUUCAUGUACUGUUUAAAAAAUGAGCAGGAGGGUUUUAUCAGGUUUAAAAGCUCGAGGCGAAGCUGAGAGUUCUAAGAUCUGAUAAUACACGACUGCGAGUUUUUUGAACGGCUUCAAAAUCUCUGAUAUGGAUCAACUCAUUCUUGCACUAAUAUUUAGAUUUGGGGUUAUUUUGGUUGAACAAAUUGGAUGUAAAGUUUAGCCAUGUCUUUAUCAGAUCUAAAGACACUCAUUAAACAUUAAUUUCUUUUCUUUUUCCUUUAUGAAUUAUUAAUGAGUUUUGAAUGAAUCUUUUCUAGUUUACUCACCGUAAAUGUAUAGCAGCUUCCUUGCUUAAAAGCUGUUUUUUUCAUAUGGUUAAUAUGUUUUUCAUUCCUCCUAUUACCUGUUGUUUAUUUCUUUAAGCAUCAGUGGGAAGAGUGAAGUUCUAUCAUGUCAUUUGUCAAGCUGUAAAUGUGUCAAGUUCUCUUUUUAUAUUGAUUCAUAUUACACCUGCUAUUCUACUAUAGAUUCCUUCUUCAUCCUCUGUUGAUGCGCUGAUAGAUUUUGUUUGCAAAGCAGCUACUGAACUUGAAAGCUCAAGCAAGGUAAUAACAACUCCUCCUUUUUAUUCGCCAGCUUAUACAAGGAAAAUAUUGGAAAUUAAGCAGUUCAUCAGAUUUCACUUGGAGGCUUUUUUUUUUCAGGCAACCCCUCAUUUAACACUUUAAGCCCCAAAAUCCAUUCACAACUUCUCCAGACUGAUGUUGAUUUAUUUUCUUAAAGAAUCAGAGAACUUGAAAAAAGAUCAAAGCAUUUUCCCUCUGGUGAUCAUUUUAUUAGUAGUAUUCCUCAUAACUUUUACUAGUAGUUUUUGGAGAAUAUUGAUGUUGGUCACUCAGAUGACUUAAGGGGCUGGAGGGACACUCUGACUUUUGACUUGCACAAUGAUUACGUCCAUGACAGAGCAUCUUGGCAUUGCGCUAAUAUUGCAUGUGAUGAAAGUCCUUGACUAUGACAAUCCUAGUCUUGAAUAACUACAGACAUGUUAAAACUGAAAGGAGGGUUUUGUCAGGAGUUACCAUUUGUCCCCCUCUCCUUCCAUGUUCAAAUUCCAACCAACCUAUAGACUGUUGUCUAACAGUCUGGGGAAUUGAUGUCACCACUUCCCUUUCUUUACUGAGUAUACAUGCAAGAUGCAUGCUAAAUAUAAGGCUUUAUUAUUUGACCCUGUAGUAUUUAGAACAGAUGGCAGAUGCUAUACAGAAAGGUAUUGAAGCAGCACAGCAAGACUUGGUGAAAGAAUCUGAGGAAAAGCUCUUAGAGGAGGUACAGAUUUCAUGUUCUCCAAGUAAACAAACCUCUGCAAAUGAAAAAUCUUUUUAUCACCAUAAGAACACUAUUUUACUGACACUUUAACCCUGGAAGAAUAUUGAACUAAAUGUUGAAGAGAGAAAUGGUCAAUCAUAUUAUUUUGUAUAUCAUAUCCAUCAACUUAUUUUGGUUCAGACUGAAAACAAUGCUUUCAAAAUCAGGUUCACUAGCCUUGCUAUUCAAGUGUAUUACUUGCACUUUCAAGGCAUGUAAACCGAGAUUGAUUGCUACAAAUUUCCUUGAUACAAGUAGAAUUUACAUUGUAACGUAAAAGAAUAAAAGUACAUUUUAUAUCUAUGAUUUAUGUGAUGCAAAUGUACAUUUUCAGCACAAGAAAUAACCUCUGGACGUUCAUGAUCAUUGUUGUGAUGUCACACUUGAAGUCAAAAAACUCUUUUUAAGAAGUUUUGAAUACAGGAAUACGCUGUAACGUAUUAUUGUUUGUUGUUUGUUUUUUUCUGUAGGGGUUAUUACGGCAAGUUCCUCUAGUAAGUUCUCUAAUGAACUGGUUAUCGCCUCUUCCUGAAGAGCCCAAAACAAUUGGAAGGGCAUUCAAUUUAACAUCAGGUGAGUCAGUCUUGUCUUAUUAGAGAAGAAAACAUGUUGCAAAAAAUAUUUAUUGCGCUUGAUACUAAAUUGAUAGGUGCAAGAAAAUUGGCAGAAAUCUGUUUUUGGAUCAUUAAGAUUAGUCUGAGGCUAUGAUCACUCAGCAUGAGGAAAUUCUUGUGUGGGUGAAAAAUUUGACCAGACACUUUGUUCGCACGGGACCAUACAAUAAUUUUGCUCUGUUCUCAGGGAACUUUGAACAGGUAGGUGUCUAAAUUUUGGCGUGGUUAAGGUUGUUUUGUGUGAAUGGAAUACCUAAACACACAACCAGGCGAAAAUUUGUUCAUUGCCUUGUGAACGUAGCCUGAAUUCCUUUACUGAUGUGGCUCACUGCAGAUUCUUUAGCUGCGUAUGAAAGAUUUGAUAGGUGAUGAAAUUAUUCCGAAACAGUGAUGGGAUUUCUCAAUGUUCUGUCAGGUUCAUGAUGAACUCCUCUAUCCAUUGUUUGUUAACUAUAGGCCGUUGUGUUCUAAAAUACCUGGGAUACAUGAAUUUAGCCCCAGUGAAAGAACACUCUGACAUUGUACCAUGCUAAAAGACCCGACUUAGCCAGGGUUUGUAGAUUUAGGGCUGCCCUCGGAUGAAUUCCUUGUGGCCAUGGCAACUUAUCUUGGUGUGACUAGGAAAUUAGUUAAGCUGGCAAAGUGGGCAUCACUUUUUGAGAUACGAACACCUCAGCACCCAAAUUUCCACAGGUCAAAAAUUCGUCUGGUGCCGUGUGAAUGUACCCUUAGUAUUAUUCAUUUUGGGCUUUUGCAUUCUCUAUAAUAAUUACAAGAAAGCAGGCUGACAUGCAAAAUGUGCUAGAUAUCAAACAUCUAUAAAGUUCUCAUCUUGCUUAUUACUAUUAAAUUUCAGGUCAUCUACACAGUACAGAAAAAAUAUACAAAUACCACAUGCAAGUCCAGGAUGAUGAUGAAGAAGAAGAACCAGAGCCCCUUCCAGUGACUCCAACAAAAUCAUCACCAGAAGAAUCACCAAAAACCACAGAAUGAAUAUUACCAUACUCUAUUCACAAUGUAAUAUUGUAAAAUAGGCAUCAAGAACAAUAGUUUAACAGCCAGAUUUAAGAACUGGUAUUAGAUGUGUUAAUAGGGAGCUUAAGCAAAGACGAUGACAACGGUAGUGAAAACGUGACUAAAAAAUGAAUUUGCGUCGCAUCUAUCUGGACCUGCUCAUUACAGGUUGAAGACAAGAGAAAGGAGGAAAAAAUUUGUUAUCACACGUUCAUGUCCUCCAUGAAAUGUUGCAUUGGGAGGUUUCACGUCGUAAUCGUGCAGUGGACAUAUCAUAGCAAUGUACUAAAAAGCAUGAUGCAUGUGCAAGACUGUUGUUUCGCUCGUUGCUUUUUGACAUUUUCAUCGUUGUAGUUGCUUGACCUCCCUAAUAAUGGUAAGACAACUGUACUUAUAUGGGUGUAGAGUUGUCUCUAUUUUAAUCAAGUAAACGUUUCAUUGGCAAAGUUAGUCAGUAUGUCCAGGAUUUAAUUUAUUAUAAGGAAGUAUUUAAAUGGCACUGAAUGUUUCAAAUAAUGCCAAUGGUAGUUAAUUGAGAAAGUAAGAACAAUUUUUACGGUUGUUAAAUUUGGGCAAGUUAGCAAGUUGCACCCUUUAUAGUGACAGUAGUACUGGCAGCAAGAAUUAUAAUAAUUACCCAGUAAAUAAACAGGGGAGCCACACCUUCAAGACUACAUAUGUCAUGCUCAAGGUGUUGUUUGACUGUUGUGCUUAACUUUGUUUAUAAUAAAAGCUUCUGUUGGCUGCCUUCUUACCAAGUACUGACAUGCCUCAUCUGACUCCCAGACAUUCACAAUCAGUUUUUACUGAAUCAAAGUAAUGUUCAGUAGAAAACCAUACUCCAUACAAAGAGCCACUCAAAAGACAGUGCCCUGCAACAUCUUAGUGCCCAUCCAGUUCUUAUGUGUAUUAUUACACAUCUUUUCACCUCAUUGAGGGAGAAGGAAUAAUAUAAUAUUAUGUCAGUGCUAAAAAAAAAAUACAGGUAUACUUGGUAAAAUCUUUUCCUUGGUAAAGUAGAUGUAGAGAAUUUUUAAAAACAUUUUUUUUUUCUGUUAGCGUGGUAUUACUGCUUUAGAGAAAUUGUGUGUUGCCAGUCUUCAGGGCCAGGUGUUCAAAGCCGGGUUAAGAUAACCCAGGGUUAGUGGGAAAUUUGAUUUCAGAUAUAAAAGCUGAAAAAAGCAAAUUCAGUUUAAUUCUUUUUGUCUACAAUUUGACAAUUGGAUGUGCUAAAAAGAAUAGAGAAAAUUAUCCGACAGAACUCUUUGGAACAAACAAAAAAGAGACGCGGAUUAAAAUUAAACCCUGGGUUGGUGCUAAUCGGCCUUCGAAUAACUGGGCCCUGAUUUUAUUGAUUUACAGUUUCCAAUAUUUUAGCUUUUAUUAUGCCAUGUGGAAAAUUGGCUUGUGGCUCAACUGAAUCAACUCUGACUUGGUAUUAAAAUGGGUGCUCUGUUAUAAAAGAAAGUAUAAACAAUACCCUGAGCUUUAGAAAAUUAAGUUUAAAAAAACCGAAAUAUUAUUUUGGCAGAGUUGUGGAUGAGAACAAGACAAUUAUCAUUUUUUAUCAUGUUUAGUCUUCAUUAGUAAUAUAUGUCAUGAAUGAGCUUCUUCCAUUAAGAGAUUCUUGGCUAAAGUAACAGUACUUUUGAAUCUAUACAUGUAGUAAAAUAUUAAUGUAAACAGUUGGGUUCUUAAAAGAAAUAAAGCAAUAAAACAAUAUUA